AUGGUUCCGCGGGGAAGCAUGCUGCCACCAAUACCUUCAAUUCCGCGAUCACUUAGUCCCAAAUUUUCUGAGACCUCAUUAGGUGAGUUGGAACUGCGUCGGAUGGCCUUGCAGAGCUUAUCCAAGCAUCCUAUCGAAGUGCCUGCUGUAAACCGCUCGGGAACGUUACUUUCUUUCAAAAAACGAAGCGAAGGAGUCAUGCAAGAAUCGAAUUCCUUACCGGCUUUGACCGUGCCCGUCGGUAUUGCACCGUCACCUUCGCCACUAUUUAAAUGCAAAUCAUCACCUCCUAAAUCUCGUUUCGUCAUCAGUCUGAACAGAUGUUCCGCCUCAAGCCCUUCUACCAGUGGAGAUGAUGAGGCAGAAGCGUUGCCCAGCGUCACUCUUAUUUCCCGCCGUGGUACAGUUACCCCCUCUGUGGGCUCUCGUCCUCCCUCACCAUCCCUAUCACAGCCAUCACUAUCACCCCCUCCACUCCCACCACCACCGCAGAUAAACAAAAACUUUCACUUGGAUACUACAUUAGUAAGACAGAUCCAAACUGCUAGUAAGUCGGCCUCUGAACCUUCCAAAGGUAAAACACGACUUUCUACUUCCGAAGCUCGCCUUGGAAAAAAAAGUAAAUUCGGUCCUGCUGCUCCUCUUCAGUCCUAUAGGAAAUUAGUUCUCAGACAGUCUCUGCGUGUGGAGCAGUUGCAGGCUUUGGUAAAACGUCAGGACAAGCUCUUGUCCUUUCGAAAGCGGUCCGUGGCUGUUUUGAGUUCAACUCUCACUUCGUUGAAGUCUAAGCUUAACCAAACUACGAAACUUUACUUGUCCGCUAGACAGGCUGCCGUGAAAGCAAGCAGGGAAAAGCAAUUGACUAUGGGUAAUCUGAUCAAAGCUCAGAGAGAAUUGGAACAAAUGAAUGCUGCGGUGAGGCGGAUUUCAAAGGGGAUAAUCGUCGGUGGGCCUCCCUCUCGAAUCCGUUCGAGACAAGUACAUCUUUCUCCUCCACCUGUGAUUGAAUCCAUUUCCCCGGGUUUAUCGGCGAUCGUCACCUAUUUAGUCACUAUGUUAGAUAAAUUUGAAGCCUCAUUUAGGAUUACUACCCCGUUGUUUUGGUAUUUCAAUCUCUUUACUCUCUCCAUGAGUAUGCCCGAGGAGGUCGAGAUGACUCUACCAUCUCCGGAUACGAGAGCUUCCUCUCCUACACCGUCUUCAUUGGAUCCCAACACGCCAAUUUGUCCCUUUUACUUGAAUGGAAACUGUGUUGAUAAGACCUGCACUUUUCAACACCCAACGAACUUUGCUACGGCCCCGGUUGGGCUGAAGACACCUCUUCAAUCCUAUGUGGCGCCACCAUCUAUUUCUGAAGACUUCGGAUCACUUUGUCAAGUUUGUGGAACUCAAUUAAGUGUCUCCUGUGCUGGGAUCCCCGAGUUUUGCUGUUCUGUGCGCGACUGGCACACAGUCUUUGCAACCUUUAAUAACUGGACGCCCUACCUCAAUCCACCCUUAGACUUAUCAAGUGUGCAUGACACAGCAUUUCUUAAGCACCUCCUCUAUGCCAUCCUCGUUUCCACAUACACUCCCGUCAUCGAUGCUUUAAAUUUUCUGCAGCAAAUCGACUUCCACCCACAUCUCUUCUCAUAUGCCAUUAACUCUCCUCAAAUUUGUUCGCUACCUGCUCGAAGGCAGUUGGCGCGGCAGUCUCUAUCCCUGCUGCUCCUGCUGGCCCAUGAGCGAGCUUCGUCCCUUACUGCUUCCAUUUUAUGUAUGAACGCUAUCCUCUGCGUUGCUUACCACGCUUGCCGAGUGGAGUGGGAGGCGUGCGGUUCCAAACUUGGCAUAGCACUGAUUGAGGACCUCCUCUUGCAUGAUCAGGCAGUUGCUCCCGCCUGUCUACCUCGUGGUCAUUUGGCUCGUUGGAGUCUUUGGUAUCUUAAGAUAAUUUUUCUACUUUCCACUACUUUUCCUCAAUCACUCGAUUACUGUCCCCUCUUUGAACCCGAAAAAUUGGCCGCUUUUCGAGAUACAUUUCAAGCAGCGGUUCUUGAUCUCGAUCUUUGUGGUGAACGUCUUUCAGAUCUUCUCUCCAGAUGCAAUCAAGAGGGCAUUCCCAUUUCUAAAGUAUUGCCUGUACUUGCCUUCAGUCAUUUCUAUGUGCAAUUCCUCGCUGCUAUAGGUGAUAGUGAACGUGCUGCUCUCUUCUGCCUGGACAUUCUAGUGAGCUGUGGUCACUUAUUGGCCCACGAUAACCUCUUCUUUCCAACUGCCAUUUAUCUAUCGAACGUGCGCUUGCAACAAAGUGAACCUGCUGUGUUCGACCUCGUUUCAGAUCUCACAAACCAAUGUUCUAUACAGACUACAUUCGCCUACUGUUUCGCCUGCCUCAUGCAGGGAUCAGGCAAAUCAGAGCCGUGUAGCAGUCUUCUCUCUGAGUUAGUCACUGGUCUUACGCCUCUGUCAUCAAUAGAUGCAGGGUCUGUUUACUCUGCUUUUCGCAGGCUUCUGGGUCUAGCUGGGAGGAGCGAUUUGCGCAUGUACGAUAGUAAAAACAUUGUCUACUUGUGGAUGUGUUUCGGUCUCUUCAGUAUGGUGCACAAUUUUUCUUCGUCCCUUCUACCUGACUUUCUUCAUCACGCCAUCACCCGCUUAUCUGACUACCAAGAGGAAGCAUUUCCCUUUCCUCUUGCUGCUCUACUUCUUCACCUCGGUCUAGCUCUAGCUAACAUGCUUCCUACCGCAGAAGAAUACUCGGCAGUGCUGGGCGUUUUAUUCUUCCCGCCUGCUCUCACCGAAGAUAUGGACUUUCGUUCUAACCCACCGUCGUGGUUUCUCGAAAUUCUCCAAUCCGUCCGUGUGGACAAAUUCUCAUGUUCCUACCCCCCUACCCCGCUCUUUACUCGUCUUUUAGAUACCUACGGAUUCUGCACUUUAAAGGCCCUUUUUGCUGGUGGUGGUUUUUUUUGUAACACCAAUUCGUCUUCUGAUUCCCUUCGGUGGUUGCAGAGCUUGUGUUCCAUUGCACGACUCGAACGGCCCAUGGAUGAGGAAUUUUGGUUAAUGAUCGCCGCCUUAGGCGUCAAGUUUCAUCCUCCCGAAAAAGACGCGGGCAAGGGACUUGUCAGUUAUCUGGUUGAGUGUCUGGCGGAUGCGGUGAAACUAAUGCCGCUAAGUAGUAGACUGUGGCGACUCUACGCGUUAGUACUGAGAAACUGCGGCUUCAGUGAGGGACAUCGAAUGGCCUUUAUGAAGCGAGUUGCGGGGAUGGCACUCGGUAUGGAGGUAGUGGUAGAGGAGAUCUUUGCGACUGCUGGUGUGAGCGUACCUCCCGAGGAUGCGGUGGUGAAAUCUCUGGCUUGUAAAAAUGUGGCAGACUGGUGGAAUCAGUCCUCGUAG